AAACAAAACGCCCGAGACAAAGUGCCUUGUUAAAAACCAAAGGAAGCGACAAAAAAUAAAAACCCAAAAAGAGCAAGAAAUAGAUAUGGUGUAGCCAAACACGUCCCAACGCACAAUUUGCUCGGAAAUCAUCAAGUCGUAUGGCGAUGAGCAGCAAUUGAAUUAGGUUACCGGAAUCACACAAUUACGGUUAAACCCUAACUAAAUUCAGCGAAUAGGCGUUUGACAAGUGGAUGAUAGACUCAUCAUCACAUUCAAAGACAUAGAUUGGAAACAAGGGCAUAUCAUAUCAUCAGUCAUCACAUAUACAAAGAUAAAUAUAAAGAGAGGAUCGGAUCGGGUUGGGGUGAGUAAUGGAUCCGGAGCAGACGUUUAUACGGGUACAAGAGAGGUUCACACAGAUGUUGAAACCCAGAAUAAGAGCUUCUCUCGAGUACUUUUAUCUCUUUCUCGCUAUCACUUUGUUCUGUAUUCUCGUUGUUAUGCACGCCAACUACGUUCAGCAGCCUGGCUGCUCAACUCAGCUCACCACUCUCGAAACCGCUGACGCUCAGCUCAUACAUAUUAAGAUUACCAGUGUUGGCUUGUGGUCACAUAAUGAAUCUGAAAAUAACAUGAUGGAUGCUCCUGGCAUUGGAGUUGAAACAGUUCAAGUGUCAGAUGUGGAUGAAUACAGGCUGAACUUUUUGGAUGUGAGGUUUUGGCUGAACUGGAUUAUCUCAGGUGCAAGGAGCAGCAAAUCAGCAUUAAAGAUGUGGAAGUCCGACAGUGAAAUGUUCGAAUCUCAUCCAGAUACUUCUACUACCAGUGAAGGCUUGAAGCCAGUAGAUGAUGUUAAUAAAGGCAAAAAAGAUGAAUCUCGUAAUAGAUUCUCUUUAUUAACCAAGGAAACACUCAGAACGGCAAUGGUCCACAUCUGCAGAAAGUGGUAUGGGCGCUUAUCCUUCAUCUGGAGACAUUCAAAGAGAUUUCUAGGAGUUUUUUGGGAUAUUGCUGGUAUACAUUUGAAUCUAGACAUUCCAAAGUGGCUACAUAUACUUCACCUGGACCAUCUGAACUCACUUGCAGUGCAGUGGCUAGAGAAGAGAAGCAAAGCAUUCGAACCGACUUAUUUAUACACCAGGGAAAAGGGUUAUUUCUUACUACCUGAGGAAGCUAAGCUACGCCAUAAUAUUCGUACAAUCAAUAUUAGCAUUUCUGCUCGGCAUUCCUGCUUUGGUAACAGGUGGCAACAACUACUGAUAAACAGACUUGUCGGAUAUGAUACAAUUUUAAUGAAUAGUUUGUUGAAUUCUCCUGGUCAAGGUUACCUCUAUAAUUACCAAACAAGGGAGUUCUAUAACCUUACAUAUGCGCAUGAGCAACCUGAAGUUUCACUUAGAUUUGGAGACUACCUGGCAACCAAGUGUGGUGUGCUUAUAAUGUCGAUGUUUGUUUUCUUCACAACCACAAUGUCUGUUUCAUUUACCUUGAGAGAAACCCAAACCCGCAUGCUGAAAUUCACAGUGCAGCUUCAGCACCAUGCUCGUCAUCAGCUUCCAACAUUCCAGUUGAUAUUUGUGCACGUGAUUGAAUCUCUUGUAUUUGUUCCUAUUAUGAUCGGCAUCCUGUUUUUUCUGUUCGAGUUUUAUGAUGACCAGCUGUUGGCUUUCAUGGUGUUGAUCCUUGUUUGGCUAUGUGAACUAUUCACGCUGAUAAGUGUUCGAACUCCGAUAUCAAUGAAGUUCUUCCCGCGCUUCUUUUUGCUCUAUUUUUUGGUGUUCCACAUCUACUUCUUUUCAUAUACCUAUGGAUUUUCCUAUCUGGCUCUUUCUACAACUGCAGCAUUUAUGCAACAUCUAAUCCUCUACUUUUGGAAUCGGUUUGAGAUUCCAGCUCUUCAGAGGUUUAUGUUGAAUCGGAGAUCAAACUUUCAGCAGCAUCCAGACUUUCACAUAACAUCAUCUACUAUACUUGCCUCGACUUUGCACAUCACGAGAGUGAAUAAUAGAAACUCUGGUCCAGCAAACCUUUCUUCUGGACCGGGAGAACGAGGGGGGCCUGAACCUGCAGUGCCAGAAACUGGAGCAUUGGUCCUUCCAGAACUGCAUCAGCAUGCCGAGAAUCUGAAUUCGGAUGGCUUAGGUCACUCUCCUGGGACUGAAGGGCAAACUAACCUUCGGCAAGAAGACAACGGUGCCAACCCUGGGGCUAUGAACUCAUUUAGUUCCAUGUUGUUAUGGUUACUAGGUGGGGUUUAUUCUGAAAGUUUCAACUCAAUUCUAUCCAUAUUCAGAGAUGGAAGAGUCCAAGGCCAAGUCUAUGCUGAAUCACCACGUGAAGACAAUCCAGCAGUACAGGGUAUUCAAUAAAGGAGGAACAUGAGAUGAUAACCAUGCAUUGGUAGGUGGUGUUCAAUAGAGGUGAAAAAUGAUAGAUACUGAGGAAUUUAACUCGACAUGAGUUAAUGUAUAGAUGUAUUUUAACAAGAUGAAGAAUAAAACAGCAAGCCUGUAAAAUAUAGAUCUAUAUUGGAAAGCUGAAAUUGCGGUGUAAGAGAGCAAACAUGCUCACAGUGCAACCUUGUCAAAGCGCGACAUCCAUGUACAGUGAUAAGAAAAGAGCAAGGGAGCCUGAAGAAUUUGUACACUUGGAUCUUUACUGUUUAAACUACAAUGUGCGGUGUUUCUUGAAUUUGGAGGUUUUGUGUUAGUUUGGUAGUAGGACGGGGCUGCCUAACAUUUUUUCUAUUCUCGUCGUAAUUGUAGAUGAUAUUGAUGAAGUGUAUACCAACAAUACUCUGAUAUGAAAUAUGUUUUGUUGUACCA